CUAAAAAAACCAAUCAAUCAUUCUCAAUCUCCAAUGCAUCCCUCUCUCUAACCCUUCACUCUCCAUUCUUGAUGACGGCUUCCAAGCUCCUCAUCUUCUUCGUCGCCGUCAAUCUUCCCUUCCCGAUCCUCCCCCAAAUCCCAAACUUCCGUCGCUUGCCAACCCGCCUCUCUUUUUCCACCCCCUGCGACUACCAACUGCAGAACCUGUAUCCAAGAGGCGGCGCCAGCCGCCAGCAGAGGAGAGAUCAAUCUCUAUCUUUAAAGAAAUACCCAUUUGCCUCUUUGGGCUGCCGGAGGACUUCACAAAAACCCAGCAAAGGUUUCGCUUGCUAUUCUGGUCAAUCCUUGGAUCUGGUACAAUACAGGGUAAACAAAAAGCAAUCAAGAUGCCUUUUGUCUCUCCGUGUUAAUUCUUGCUUCUUUUGCUCGUUCCCUUCCCAGUAAUACUUGCUUUGUCCCAUCGAUAGAACUAGGGUCUCCGUCACCAACGGCCUGAGGGUGAAAUUCAGAGAGACGAUGAACGAGUUCUUCUUUUUCAGAGAGAUUGAGAAUAAAGAUUGAGAAUGUUU